AUGUGGGGCGCCCCGGACGAGAGCUCGGUGCGGGUGGCUGUCAGAAUAAGACCACAGCUUGCCAAAGAAAGGAUUGAAGGAUGCCAUAUUUGUACAUCUGUAACGCCUGGAGAGCCUCAAGUCUUCCUAGGCAAGGAUAAAGCUUUCACUUUUGAUUAUGUGUUUGACAUUGAAUCCCAGCAAGAGCAGAUCUACACUCAGUGUAUAGAAAAACUAAUUGACGGCUGUUUUGAAGGAUAUAAUGCUACAGUUUUUGCUUAUGGACAAACUGGAGCUGGCAAAACAUACACAAUGGGAACAGGAUUUGAUGUUAACAUCAUUGAGGAAGAACAGGGUAUUAUUUCUCGUGCUGUUAAACAUCUUUUCAAGAGUAUUGAAGAAAAAAAACACACUUCCAUUAAAAACGGACUUCCUCCUCCAGAUUUUAAAGUGAAUGCCCAGUUCUUAGAGCUAUAUAAUGAAGAGGUUCUUGACUUAUUUGAUACUACUCGUGAUAUUGAUGCAAAAACUAAAAAAUCAAAUAUAAGGAUUCAUGAAGAUUCAGCUGGAGGAAUUUAUACUGUGGGCGUCACAACACGUACAGUGAAUACAGAAUCCGAGAUGAUGCAGUGUUUGAAGCUGGGUGCUUUAUCUCGGACAACUGCUAGUACCCAAAUGAAUGUUCAGAGCUCUCGUUCACAUGCCAUUUUUACCAUUCACUUGUGUCAAACCAGAAUGUGUCCUCAAAUAGAUGCUGAAAGUGCAACUGAUAAUAAAGUGAUUUCUGAAUCAUCACAGAUGAAUGAAUUUGAAACUCUGACUGCAAAGUUCCAUUUUGUUGAUCUGGCAGGUUCAGAAAGACUGAAACGUACUGGAGCUACAGGCGAGAGAGCAAAAGAAGGCAUUUCCAUCAACUGUGGACUAUUGGCACUUGGCAAUGUAAUAAGUGCAUUGGGAGAUAAGAGCAAGAGGGCAACUCAUGUUCCCUAUAGAGAUUCUAAGCUGACAAGACUACUACAGGACUCUCUUGGGGGCAAUAGCCAAACAAUCAUGAUAGCAUGUGUCAGCCCUUCAGACAGAGAUUUUAUGGAAACUUUAAAUACCCUGAAAUAUGCCAAUAGAGCUAGAAAUAUCAAGAACAAAGUGAUGGUCAAUCAAGACAGAGCUAGUCAGCAGAUCAAUGCACUCCGUAGUGAGAUCACACGACUUCAGAUGGAACUUAUGGAGUAUAAAACAGGCAAAAGAAUAAUUGAUGAAGAGGGUGUGGAAAGCAUCAAUGACAUGUUUCAUGAGAAUGCUAUGCUACAGACGGAAAAUAACAACCUGCGUGUAAGAAUUAAAGCCAUGCAAGAGACGGUCGAUGCUCUGAGGACCAGAAUCACACAGCUUGUUAGUGAUCAGGCCAACCAAGUUCUUGUCAGAGCAGGUGAAGGGAAUGAGGAGAUUAGUAAUAUGAUUCAUAAUUACAUUAAAGAAAUUGAAGAUCUCAGGGCAAAAUUAUUAGAAAGUGAAGCAGUGAAUGAGAAUCUUCGAAAAAACUUGACAAGAGCCACAUCAAGAUCACCAUAUUUCAGCGGAUCAUCAGCUUUCUCCCCUACUAUAAUAUCCUCAGAUAAAGAGACCAUUGAGAUUAUAGACCUAGCUAAGAAAGAUUUAGAGAAGCUGAAAAGAAAAGAAAAGAAGAAGAAAAAAAGGCUACAGAAACUUGAGGAAAGCAAUCGAGAAGAAAGAAGUGUGGCUGGUAAAGAGGAUAAUAUAGAAACUGACCAAGAGAAGAAAGAAGAGAAGAAUAUUUCAGAAAGAGAAAACAUUGAAUUAGAAGUUGAAGAAAGUCAAGAAGUGAGUGAUCAUGAAGAUGAGGAAGAAGAAGAGGAGGAGGAAGAAGAUGACAUUGAAGGGGGUGAAAGCUCUGAUGAAUCAGAUUCUGAAUCAGAUGAAAAAGCCAAUUAUCAAGCAGACCUAGCAAACAUUACUUGUGAAAUUGCAAUCAAGCAAAAGCUGAUUGAUGAACUAGAAAAUAGCCAGAAAAGACUGCAGACGCUGAAAAAACAGUAUGAAGAGAAGCUAAUGAUGCUACAACAUAAAAUUCGGGACACACAGCUUGAAAGAGACCAAGUGCUUCAAAACUUAGGCUCAGUGGAAUCUUACUCAGAAGAAAAGGCAAAAAAAGUUAGGUCUGAAUAUGAAAAGAAACUACAAGCCAUGAAUAAAGAACUUCAGAGACUUCAGGCAGCUCAGAAAGAGCAUGCAAGGUUGCUUAAAAAUCAGUCCCAAUAUGAAAAACAAUUGAAGAAAUUACAGCAGGAUGUGAUGGAAAUGAAGAAAACUAAGGUUCGCUUGAUGAAACAAAUGAAGGAAGAACAAGAAAAAGCCCGAUUGACAGAAUCUAGAAGAAACAGAGAGAUUGCUCAACUGAAAAAAGAUCAACGUAAAAGAGAUCAUCAACUUAGACUUCUGGAAGCCCAAAAAAGAAACCAAGAAGUGGUUCUUCGUCGCAAAACAGAAGAGGUUACAGCUCUUCGCCGGCAAGUAAGGCCCAUGUCAGAUAAAGUGGCUGGGAAAGUCACUCGGAAGUUGAGCUCAUCUGAUACUCCUGUUCAGGACACAGGUUCCAGUGCAGCUGCUGUAGAAACAGAUGCAUUAAGAGCUGGAGCCCAGCAAAAAAUGAGAAUUCCUGUGGCAAGAGUCCAGGCCUUACCAACACCCACAGCAAAUGGAACCAGAAAAAAAUACCAAAGGAAAGGAUUGACUGGCCGAGUGUUUACUUCUAAAACAGCUCGCAUGAAGUGGCAGCUUCUUGAACGCAGGGUCACAGACAUCAUCAUGCAGAAAAUGACUAUUUCCAAUAUGGAGGCUGAUAUGAAUAGGCUGCUCAAGCAACGGGAAGAACUCACAAAAAGACGAGAGAAACUUUCAAAGAGAAGGGAAAAGAUAGUCAAAGAGACUGGAGAAGGAGAUAAAAAUGUGAUUAACAUCAAUGAGGAGAUGGAGUCAUUAACUGCUAAUAUAGAUUAUAUCAAUGACAGUAUUUCUGAUUGUCAAGCUAAUAUCAUGCAGAUGGAAGAAGCAAAGGAAGAAGGAGAAACAUUGGAUGUCACUGCAGUCAUUAAUGCUUGCACACUUACAGAAGCUCGAUACCUUCUAGAUCACUUCCUGUCAAUGGGCAUCAAUAAGGGUCUUCAGGCUGCCCAGAAAGAGGCUCAAAUUAAAGUACUUGAAGGUCGGCUUAAACAAACUGAAAUAACCAGUGCUACACAAAACCAGCUCUUAUUCCAUAUGUUGAAAGAGAAAGCAGAAUUAAAUCCUGAGCUAGAUGCUUUACUAGGCCAUGCUUUACAAGAUCUAGAUAGCGUACCAUUAGAAAAUGUAGAGGAGAGCACUGAUGAGGAUGUACCUUUAAACAGUCCAGGAUCAGAAGGAAGCUCACUGUCUUCAGACCUUAUGAAGCUUUGUGGUGAAGUGAAACCAAAAAGCAAGGCCCGAAGGAGAACCACCACUCAAAUGGAAUUGCUGUAUGCAGAUAGCAGUGAAGUAGCCUCAGACACUAAUACAGGAGAUGCCUCCUUGCCUGGCCCUCUUACACCUGUUGCAGAAGGGCAAGAGAUUGGAAUGAGUACAGAGACAAGUACCUCUGCUAGGGAAAAAGAGCUCCCUCCCCCAUCUGGCUUCCCUUCUAAGAUAGGCAGCAUUUCCAGGCAGUCCUCCAUGUCAGAAAAAAAGCUACCAGAGCCUUCCCCUGUAACAAGGAGAAAGGCAUAUGAGAAAGCAGAAAAAUCAAAGGCAAAGGAACAAAAACACUCAGAUUCUGGAACCUCAGAGGCUAGUCUUUCACCUCCUCCUUCCCCACCAAGCCGGCCCCGUAAUGAACUGAAUGUUUUUAAUCGUCUUACUGUUUCUCAGGGAAACACAUCAGUUCAGCAGGAUAAGUCUGAUGAAAGUGAUUCCUCUCUGUCGGAGGUACACAGGGGCAUAAUCAAUCCGUUUCCAGCUUCAAAAGGAAUCAGAACUUCUCCACUUCAGUGCGUUCAUAUAGCUGAAGGGCAUACAAAAGCUGUGCUCUGUGUGGAUUCUACUGAUGAUCUUCUUUUCACUGGAUCAAAAGAUCGUACUUGUAAAGUAUGGAAUCUGGUGACUGGGCAGGAGAUAAUGUCACUGGGAGGUCAUCCCAACAAUGUAGUAUCUGUAAAAUAUUGUAAUUAUACAAGCUUGGUCUUCACUGUGUCAACAUCUUAUAUUAAGGUGUGGGAUAUCAGAGAUUCAGCAAAGUGUGUUCGAACGCUAACGUCUUCAGGUCAGGUUACUCUUGGAGAUGCUUGUUCUGCAAGUACUAGCCGAACAGUUACUAUUCCUUCGGGGGAAAACCAGAUCAAUCAAAUUUCACUAAACCCAACUGGGACUUUCCUCUAUGCAGCCUCUGGAAAUGCUGUCAGAAUGUGGGAUCUUAAAAGGUUUCAGUCCACAGGAAAGUUGACAGGACAUCUAGGCCCUGUUAUGUGUCUUACUGUAGAUCAGAUUUCUAAUGGACAAGAUCUAAUCAUCACUGGCUCCAAGGAUCAUUACAUCAAAAUGUUUGAUGUAACAGAAGGGGCGCUUGGAACUGUGAGUCCCACCCACAAUUUUGAGCCCCCUCAUUAUGAUGGCAUUGAAGCAUUAACCAUACAUGGGGAUAACCUAUUUAGUGGGUCCAGAGAUAAUGGAAUCAAGAAAUGGGAUUUAGCUCAAAAAGAUCUUCUACAGCAAGUUCCAAAUGCACAUAAGGAUUGGGUCUGUGCCCUGGAAGUGGUGCCAGGCCACCCACUUUUGCUCAGUGGCUGCAGAGGGGGCAUUCUGAAGCUCUGGAACAUCGAUACCUUUGUGCCAGCUGGCGAGAUGAGAGGUCAUGAGAGUCCUAUCAAUGCCAUCUGUGCUAAUUCCACCCACAUUUUUACUGCAGCGGAUGAUCGAACUGUGAGAAUUUGGAAGACUCGAAAUUUGCAAGAUGGUCAAAUCUCUGACACAGGAGAUUUGGGGGAAGAUAUUGCCAGUAAUUAA